AUGGACGACUAUGACAUUAAACCCUAUCUCCCAGUGCAUGUAAUAUUAGGAGCCGGAGUUUUCGCAAAGAUCAAAACCGUUUCCAGACCUCGUGUAGGGAAACAAGGCGACCCUGUUGCAGAACAUACAAAACUUGGGUGGUUUAUUCUAUCACCAGGCGAAGAAUCGGUGACUACUCGGGUGCUUUUGACCCAAACCAACCAUGUUGAAUAUGACGAGUUAUGCCGACUUGAUGUUUUGGGGCUAGCUGAUUCGCCACAACAAGACCAGAAGGAAGUUUAUGCUGAGUUCCGAGAGCAACUGACCCGUAAUGAGGCAGGCUGGUAUGAAACAGGACUGCCCUGGAGGGGUAACCACCCUCCCUUGCCAACUAAUGAACAGGGUAGUUUGUGUCGGUUGCGAAACCUGAAGCGUAAGUUGCAGAAAUCUGGGCUGGAUGAAGCGUAUGCUGUGAAGAUUGAAGAGCAAAAAGCGGAAGGUGUG